AUGUCGGAGACGCUGCAGUGGAAGUUGAAGGGCACCAACUCGGCGUUCAGCACCUCGAAGCUGGUGCAACUGCCGUGCACGGUGGGGGUCGCCCGAGAGAAGCUGAAGGAGGAGUGCGGCCUGCAGCACGUCACGGCCAUCGACUUCGUGCUCUACCUGCCGUCGAGCGAGCCCGAGGUCCUGCCGGACAGCUACAUGCUGGGCGAGCAGUGCCAGGUGCUGGUGGCCCGCUGCGCCGCAGCGGAGGCGAGGAAGCUGCUGGAGGCCGCCGAGAAACGGUUCUCGGUGUCACGAACCGCCACCAUCAGCAACGCGGAGUCGAGCUCCGCCACCAUAUCUCGAAUGCCGACCACGGUCUCCACGGCCCAAAGCAGCUCAGCCACCAUUUCGUCCCGGCCUUCCGUGGACUCCCAGCCGCAGGAGUCGGCCGCGGAGUCCGUGUACGAGGAAACUGAUGAAGAUGCGAGCCUCACGGCGUUCGGGAGAGUGUCGUCUGCCGUGUCGAGGCAGGAGAGCGCCGGCGACUUCGAGGACGCCACCACCCACAGCUCGAUAUCGGAACCUUCGCUGUUGAAUGGCGCCGCCUCUUCCGUGAACGCCGAGUCCGCCGUGGACUCAGACGAUGAGGACAGCAGAAUCCAGGCCGCAAUGCAGGAGCGCGACUUCUUCGGCGGCGAGAGCACGGAGGCGCUUUCGCGUCGCUACUAUCGCAACAGGACGUUAGCGGCGUCGGCAGCCCCCGCUUCCGAUGGAGCACCCGCUGGCGGCGUGGCAACUGCUAGGACCGCGCACUCUCACGCGGCCUACCCCGCACCUGGUGUCCGCUUCGACAACGGCACCAUCGACCCCAUGCCCGUCGACGAGAACUACAUCUGCCACAUGUGCGGGCAGCGCGGCCACCACAUCAAGAACUGCGUGCAGCCCGAGGGAAAGCGGCUGCACAAGAAGAUCCGGCCGGCGACGGGCAUACCGGUGGACUUCCUGCAAGUCAUCGGGGAGGACGAGAUCGGCAACUACGACGAGUUCGCCGUGAUGAAGGACAUGUCAAAGGUGUCCGGCGGCGCCUUCUUCACCAAGUCGGCCGACCAACGCAUUCAGAGCCAGCUGGGCUUGAGCGAGACCGAGUCGAAGAACAUGGCGCGCGGGCUGCGCUGCAGCAUCUGCAACAACUUCUUCAACAACCCCGUGGCGGCGAUGUGCUGCGGGGAGUCCUUCUGCCUCCAGUGUGUGGUCGACCGUGCCGGCGGCCGCGCCAAGCUCGACCUCAGCCGCAUCUACCACUGCCACCGAUGCCAGAGCGAGCUGCGCAUCUCCGACCUUCAGGCGAACACGGCGCUGAAGAACGCCGUCGACGACCUCGUGCUCCGCAAAAACUGGGAGCCGCGAUCGCGGGACGCGCACGCAGCUGUGAAGCGCAGCGCCACCCCGGCUGUGGUCAACGGCAAGGACCUGGUGGACGUUGCCUUCCUCAAAAAGUGGGUUAUACGCCGUAAAUAA